AUGCCACCAGCAGAGAGCAGCAACAAAUCAGGAAAGAGGAAGAAACCCUUGUCAUGUGCCGAGUGUAGGCGGUUGAAGUUGAAAUGCGAAUUGGUAUUCCCUUGUAAUCAUUGCGUCAAGAGAGGUUUGGCUAGUAUUUGCCCGGAAGGAGAACUGGUCAAUGGCUCAAGGAGGACGAAGAUCUUGGCUAGCACUGAGGACCUGCAUAAACGAAUAGCAGCGUUGGAAGAAGCUCUGAAAGUUGCCACCUCCUCACGACAUCCUUUACUCGAAGAUAGCUUAUAUGCCAAUAGGAAAGAGGUCAAGAACAGAAGUCCACCUCCUCAAAGUACCACUUCAACCUCUCAAGCUAGUCCAGACACUCUACCUAGUGUUAGUCAUUUGACUUUGGGUGAAAAUCCACACACGUCAAGGUACUACGGUGCAGCUAGUAGUGUUUAUUUCUCAAAACAUUAUCUACCCCCUUCAUCACAAGCUCAUUCUUCAUCACCUGCUGGUUCAUCCAUGCAAUAUGAUUUCGCCUCUCCCUCAGAUUUCACCGAUCUCUUCCCGCCGUACUCCCAGAUACCACGACUCGACAUGAAACAAAUCAUAUCGAAUUUCCUACCUCCACCAGAAAUAGCCGUUCCCAUAGCAGAAAUCUACUACCAGACUUUCGGAUGGUUCACCAACAUUGUCCAAAGACAUGUAUGGGACGAAUACCUGUUUCCUCAUAUCUACCGCGAUCCAUCGGCCAUCGAACCUGGUCCAGUCAAACCUCAGUGGUUAGCCCUAAGUCUCCUUAUCCUAGCGACAGGAGCGUUGAUGGACCUUUCUCGACCACCGUACAAUGACCUCGCUCGAAACUGCUUCAACGGUGCGAGAGCAUGCCUCUUAUUGGAUUCAUCACACUCUAUGACCUAUGUGCAGUGCAUCUUCCUUUAUGGUCUAUAUCUCAUGAAUGGCGGUACGGAUACCUCCGGCGGUGAUACCUUCUGGCCAUUAUUGAGAAUGGGCAUGGCCAUCUGCGAAGCGAUUGGCCUACAUCGUGAUGGAUCACACUGGAAUCUACAUACCGCCUUGGAACGACGGAUUGUCUUUUGGGAAAUUCACGGCAUGGAUGUUCUUCAAUCUGUCGCAUUGGGAAGAGGUCAAUGUAUAAACGAUUCCAGUAUCGAUGUGGAAAUUCCUAUAUCCAACCAAUCUGACCUCAAUGGAUUUCACGCCAAGACAUACGAAUUGACCAAGAUCUGGUCCAAAAUUAACGAAAGACAAGUCCGUGUGAAACCGUGGAUCUAUAAUGAGGUAUAUGAGAUUGAUCAAUUGAUCAUUAAAUUUCAAGAUGAUUUACCAUACCAUCUCUCACCUGUCGUUCCUCCUUCACCAGACGACCUCACCAACCCAGCAAGACAUAAAGAAGCUUUCCAACGGAAUAUGUUAUUAUUAUUUAUCAACGAAGCUAGAUUGACUUUACAUAGAGGAUGGUUCAUCCGAACUUUGAAAGAAUCACCUAUCGAGCCUUUAUCAAGUCCACUCAAACAAUCUUAUUUAUCAUGCUUGGAAGCCUGUCGAGCGAUUGUGUCGCUAGUUAGAAAUAUGAUUGUCCUACAGGGUCAGCUUAUACAUAGAAGAUGGCAUUUCUUUUUCCACCUGUUCGGAGCUUGUGUAUGUCUCGCUGCUGCCGUGAUACGUGCGCCAACGUCUAGUUUGGCGAGAACGGUAUUGGCGGAGUUGGAAAAUGGAGUGGCGUUGUUCAAAAUGACAGAAAGAGAGGAAUUUGUUACCGUGGAAAGGUUAAGAGAUAAAGCUGUCCGGGCGAUUCAACGAUCAGGAUCGACCACCCCAAUUCAUGAAGGUGAAAAUGAAGAUUUGGAUCUUCUAGGUGCAGGAACAACGUUGACUAGAACAACGCCGAACGUGCCUGAUGGUGAUGGCGAUGGUGAUGGACAUGGGCAUGGACGCGCGGCAAACAAGGUAUUACCUUUACAGGAGAUACCGCUAAUUGAUCAAGUUGGAUUGGAUACUAGUGGGAAUGGGCUCGAUAUGGAUUUCAAUACUAUGUCUACUAUUCUCGACGAACAGAGUCUGAACGCCGUGAAUCUAGAAUGGAACGAUUUCGAUAUGAACGCUUUCUUACAAGAAAUAGGAGUUUUGUGA